UGUCGUCGCCAUUUUGGAUCGAGAGUUGCCUCAGUAGAACCAGAUAACGGGCUAACAACCGGUUACAAGUCCUGUCAUUACCCAGAGCACACCGAGUUGUAGUUUUCAUGAGCUGUGCACCUCUCUACCUCCGUCCUGCCUUCCCUUCUUCCUCCAGCUAGAAGCAGCUGCGGCAGAGCAGAUGUAAGAGCUAACUAGCUAGCUUAGUUAGCAUUAGCUAGCUAGUGGAGGUUAGCAUCAGCACCGGCUCCGAGGAGAGCGAAGCAUCAACCAGCAGCCAGCCGUCUUCUGUUAGACGUUAAUGUAGUGGGCAGAUAGUCCACACACGGAUCACAAGGAGAGAUGUAUCAACUUCCGGUGAAUAACCUUCCAAGAAUCAGGAGAGCUAGGAAACAAGUGAAAAGAGCUCUUGAAGACAUUGGCCUGGAGUACUGCAAGGAGGCUGUGGAGGAGUUCAAAGACUUUUGCCCUGAUGAGCAGUAUGUAAAGAGCAGUCUUUGCCUUGAUAUCUGCUCAUGGGAUCCAUCAUACUCUAAAACACAGGAAUACCGAUCGAAGCCAUUUUGCUGCACAGAGUGCCCAUUUUCUUCCAAAUACUACUCAGGCUACAAGAAUCACUUCCGCAAUGUACACAGGAAAAUCUUUGAUAGUAAAAUUCUGCUCAACUGUCCGUACUGCACGUUCACUGCAAGCAAGAGAAUUUUGGAGACGCAUGUUAAAAUAUUCCACAUACCCAGCUCACCACGGCAGAAUUAUGCAAACGCACAGGGAGCUGCACUGGCCAAAAAGGACAAAUCUUAUCUUGAUAGGGUCAGACAGGGAGGUGGUGUGGAGAAACCAAUGUACUUUUGCAAAAAAUGCUCGUUCCGGGACAGUCUCUACAAUGUUGUGAGAAGGCACAUCUACAGGGAACAUUUUCAGCAUAUUGUCUCACCAUAUUUUGCUAUGGUUCCUGAAUCAUCUGUCAAAAAUGGUGCUAGUUCUGUCAAUGGCAACAACAUCCUCUGUAAACGCUGCCAGUUUUCCACCCGCAGCUAUGAGGCUCUAGUGCAGCAUGUUGUAGAGUACCACGAGCGCAUUGGUGCUCAAGUAACCACCAUGAUUGGACAUGCUAAUAUUCUUGUCUCCAGGCCUCAGUCAGUGCCACCACCUUCUCAGAAGGCCCCUCUGCUCAUUAGGGGGCACAAGCUUAGAACUGACCCCAUAGCACAACCAGUAAUUGGCUAUUUAAAGCCACAGGCCUCUGUUGUUAAACAUCAGUCCAUCAUAGCCAGUAAGGUGCGUAUCGCCAUUCCUGGCAAAAGCAUCGUGGCUGAAAAUAAUUCUGCUGGUGUAAACACAGCGCAGACACAGAAGUGGAAGAUAUGUACAGUUUGCAAUGAGCUUUUUCCUGAAAACCUCUAUAAUGCUCAUUUUGAGAACGCACACAAGGCAAAGAGAGUGUGGGCACUGGCCAAGUACAUCAUGAAAAUCCACAACUUCACCAGCAAGUGUUUGCUUUGCAAUCGCUAUCUGCCCAGCGACACACUGCUUAACCACAUGCUAAUCCACGGGCUCACCUGUCCACAGUGCCACUCGGCUUUCCACAAUGUUGAGAAAAUCAUCGAGCACGUGGCUCAGACUCACCCCGAUGACUUUGUUGGACCCCCCGGUGCGUCACCUCUGACCUUUGAUCUCACCCUUAAACAAGAUAAGUCCUGCAACGUACAGCUUGUUGUGCUCACGUUUAACAUGAAGGAAUCUAUCAAUGGUCAAGAUCAGUCUGCAUCUGGUCAGAAUAGUGUUCCACCUCUGGUCAAAGUAACCGCUCCCAGAAUCAUUGAAAAGAAAAGUGAUUCACAUGCUAGAAGUUUGCCCAUACUGCCUCACAAGACUGAGGUUGGGAAGACUCUGUGUCCGCUGUGCUUCACCAUCCUCAAAGGUCCCAUCUCUGAUGCUUUGGCCAUGCAUCUGAGGGAGCGACACCAAGUGCUCCAAACAAUGCAUCCUGUCGAAAAAAAGAUGACAUACAAGUGCAUUCAUUGCCUUGGAGUGUACACCAGUAACAUGGUGGCCUCCACAAUAACGCUGCAUCUUGUGCAGUGCAGGGCUGUUGGUAGGACCCAGGCAAACCAAGGCUUCAAGUCUGCUUUGACUCUCAACUCAUCCGGGGCUUGCUUCAUCAAGAGGCAGCCACCGAUGCAGGCCAUGUCCAACCCCAAGAAGAUGAAACUGAGCAAGGACUCAAAGUUUUCCUCCGCAGCCGUUGGAAAUCAGUCCGAAUCUGUUACCCUUGCUCUGGAUCCCAGAAGCUAUGAGCACAAGACAUACGAGGCCAGGAAAAGUUUCCUGACGUCCUAUUUCAACCGACGACCAUACCUUACUCCUCAGGAAGAGGAGAAGCUGUCUGCAAGUCUGUGGCUCUGGAAAUCUGACAUCGCCAGUCACUUUGCCACCAAGCGAAGGAUGUGCGAGAGACAAUGUGAGGGCAAGAAACUGUCUGUGCUGCUCGGCUUUGACAUGCACGCUCUGAAGAAAGUGAAGCAUGACUUGAUAUUUGUGGAGAGCAAGACUGUUGGCACCUCAGCGGGGAGAUCUGGAGGCCUCAAGUCUGGCACACCAAGCACAGACCAAAACAAGCAGGUUGAGACAAUAAACUGUACCUUAAAACUCAGUACAUGCACAGAGACCAUUUCCAUCGACUCAGACAGCGAACCAGAAACGGAGGAGAGACCUACUGAGAAUGGGAAUGUUGACACAAACCAAGACGAGAAUGUAACACCUGAGGAGCCAGCGAACCUGACAGAGGAGGAGCCAGCGAUCCUGACAGACGAGGAGCCAGCGAUCCUGACAGACGAGGAGCCAGCGAUCCUGACAGACGAGGAGCCAGCGAUCCUGACAGACGAGGAGCCAGCGAUCCUGACAGACGAGGAGCCAGCGAUCCUGACAGACGAGAUGGAACCUUUGAACACGGAUGAUGCCCCUACAGAGAACGAGAGCUCUUUGCAAGAUGGGGAAUCAAAUGCUUUGAUGAUCUGUUAGUGUCCCUGCUUAGCAGUGUGCCUUGGUUGAGAAACGGUGUAUAAAGUAAUACUAAGACACAAAAAAACAGGUCUACAGACAAGUUAUAAAUCACACAUAUUUGGUCAAAUGGCAUGGGUGACUAAAACUCUUCAAUUCCAGAUCCUUGUUACCAGUGCUGGAAAGAAGGAAAACAUUACAUUAGUGCAUAAAUAUAUGGCAUAUGUAAGUGACAUUGUAUAUAUUUUAGCCAUUUCUUUGUUAGUUUAUUCAUAUGAUCUGUGUUAUUCACCUUUAACUGUCACAAGAGUUAUGAAAUGCCUACUUCCCCCACUUCCAUUUUUUUUCGGUGACAAAGAACUGUAUCAUAUUGUCAUUCACAUUUAGAACGUGUAGGAUAUGCUAAUCGCUUAUGUACAUGUUUUAAUAAAUAUGUUUGUUUAAUAAAACCUUGAAUUCUUUUCCUACACCAA